GAAGGUUAUUUGUUCAUCAGUAGAAUUUUGAGGUUCAGGUCCUCGGUACAAUGCAGUCAUCUAAAUGUGUAAGAAGAAUCUGUGCUAAGAUCUACUCAGUCAGUACAAGAAACCAAAGUGCACAAGCAGCAGCUGCUGUCAAACCGUUUCAUUUUCAGGAUAUACUGGAAUCAGAAAAACCAUUAGACACACCAUGGAAAAAACUAACUGGUGACUAUGUGUCAACUUUUGAUGUAAUGGGGAAGAAAGUUCUAAAAGUAGAACCACAAGCUUUAACAUUGCUAGCUGAACAGGCAAUGAUAGACAUAGCACAUCUUCUUAGACCUGGACACUUGCAGCAACUUUCAAAUAUCCUUAAAGAUCCUGAAUCUUCAGAGAAUGAUAAAUUUGUAGCAUUAGAACUUCUGAAGAAUGCCAACAUAGCAUCAGCCAUGGUUCUGCCUGGAUGUCAAGACACAGGAACAGCUAUUUGUAUGGGAAAGAAGGGUCAGUAUGUAUGGACAGAAGGUAAUGAUGCUGAAGCUUUAUCCAAAGGUGUUUAUAACACAUAUACACAGAAAAAUCUCAGGUAUUCACAGGUAGCACCAAUGGAUAUGUACACAGAAGUGAACACAAAGACAAAUCUCCCUGCACAGAUUGAAAUCUAUUCUACAGACUCAAGUCAGUAUGACUUCCUGUUUAUAGCCAAAGGAGGCGGAUCUGCAAAUAAAACAUUUCUAUAUCAACAAACUAAAGCUCUACUGAAUCCAGAAAAACUUCUGAAGUUUGUGGAUGAGAAAGCAAAGACCCUAGGUACUGCAGCAUGCCCACCUUAUCAUUUGGCUGUUGUUAUUGGAGGAACAUCGGCAGAAUUUAAUCUGAAGACUGUAAAACUUGCCUCUGCUAAAUAUUUAGAUAAUUUACCAUGUGAAGGAAAUGAACAUGGAAGAGGAUUCAGAGAUAGAAAAUUAGAAGAAGAAAUCCACAAAUUGACACAGAGAGCUGGGAUAGGAGCCCAGUUUGGUGGGAAAUACUUCUGCCAUGACGUUAGGGUUAUUAGACUGCCAAGACAUGGUGCUUCUUGUCCUGUAGGGAUAGGUGUUUCAUGCUCUGCAGAUCGACAGGCAUUAGGUAAAAUCACAGAAGAUGGAGUGUUUUUAGAACAGUUAGAAACAAAUGUAUCUAAAUAUUUACCAGAAGUAGAAAGUAAAGAUCUUAGUUCAGAAGUUGUUCAAGUCGACUUGAAUCAGCCCAUGGCAGAAGUUCUGAAGGUUUUAAGCAAUUAUCCAAUCAGAACUCGUGUUAGUCUGAAUGGGACAUUGGUUGUUGCUAGAGACAUUGCACAUGCCAAAUUGAAAGAAAGGCUUGACAGUGGUGAAGGAUUACCUGAAUAUGUAAAAAAUCAUCCAAUAUAUUAUGCUGGCCCUGCUAAAACACCAAAGGGUUUUGCCAGUGGGUCAUUUGGUCCAACAACUGCUGGUAGAAUGGAUUCCUAUGUUGAACAAUUUCAAAAGGAUGGAGGUAGUAUGAUCAUGUUAGCAAAAGGAAACAGGAGUAAACAGGUAACAAAGGCUUGUAAGACAUAUGGUGGAUUUUAUCUUGGAUCCAUUGGAGGUCCAGCUGCAAUACUAGCACAGAACUGUAUCAAAAAAGUUGAAGUAUUAGAAUAUCCAGAAUUAGGUAUGGAGGCAAUAUGGAAAGUAGAGGUUGAGAAUUUCCCAGCAUUCAUUGUAGUAGACAAUAAAGGAAAUGACUUCUUUAAAGAGUGGCAGGUGGAAUAAGAAAUGUUAAUUUUUUAAUGGAUUUAAAAUUCUUAAAAGAUAUAUUUUUACUUAAAAGGCUAAACAAAAGAUCAGAAACCAGAUUCAUAUAAUUGAUUGUUAUAAACACCAAAAUAGUUAUUCAGAAAAAGUUUGAUAAGACAAAAAGCUCUGAAAAGAUUUUGACUAAUGGUUAACAAUGUUUAAAAUCAUUAUGUACUGUGUAUAUGCCUUUAAAAAAGUUCAUAGUAAAUUCUAGUUUUGAUGUAUUUAAAAGUAACAAAAUUACAAAUUUGCUAUGCUGUGUUGUAUUCCAUGUGAAUCUAUUGCCAUUUCACUGAAUUAAAAGCUUUUAAUAUAUUUAUAGCAAAGUGAAUUUCAUGCUAACAGAACGUAUUUAAUUUUUAAAUGUGAUAGACAAAAUGUUAGAUAUUUAUUUGUUAUAUAUAUUUAUACAUGCUU